UUGUUGUCUUUUUUUUUAAUUUUCCAAAUAAAUUGUGUUUACGAUUUGAUCGGUCGGUCGGUCGUGAUUUUGCAGAUUGUUGUUGCUGUUUUCAUCACCGAUUAUUUUUUUUGACUGCAUUCAUCGUCACAAUGGCUUUGAAAAAAGUUAAAGGCAAUUUCGAACGUAUGUUUGAUAAAAAUCUCACUGAUCUGGUUCGUGGCAUACGUAAUAACAAGGAUAAUGAGGCCAAAUACAUCUCCCAGUGCAUUGAAGAAAUCAAACAAGAACUGCGACAGGAUAAUAUCAAUGUUAAAUGCAAUGCAGUGGCCAAAUUAACUUAUAUACAAAUGCUAGGCUAUGAUAUAUCAUGGGCUGGUUUUAAUAUCAUCGAAGUAAUGAGUUCUUCACGCUUCACUUGUAAACGUAUCGGUUAUUUGGCUGCCAGUCAAUGCUUUCAUCCUGAUAGUGAGCUACUGAUGUUAACCACAAACAUGAUACGCAAAGAUUUAAAUUCACAAAAUCAAUAUGAUGCCGGUGUGGCAUUAAGUGGUCUUAGCUGUUUUAUAUCGCCAGAUUUAUCACGAGACUUAGCCAAUGAUAUUAUGACACUGAUGAGCUCCACCAAACCUUAUCUACGCAUGAAAGCCGUCCUUAUGAUGUAUAAAGUAUUUCUACGUUAUCCAGAAGCUUUAAAACCUGCAUUUCCUAAACUUAAAGAGAAACUGGAAGAUCCUGAUCCAGGCGUACAAUCCGCUGCCGUUAAUGUUGUUUGUGAACUAGCACGUAAGAACCCCAAAAAUUAUCUUCCUUUAGCUCCUGUGUUUUUUAAACUAAUGACAACAUCAACCAAUAAUUGGAUGCUUAUUAAAAUUAUAAAAUUGUUUGCCAGCCUUACCACUAUUGAACCAGCGUUGGGACGUAAAUUAACUCAACCCUUGAUUGAAAUUAUUUCCAGCACAUCGGCUAUGAGCUUAUUGUAUGAAUGUAUUAACACAGUUAUAGCCGUUUUGAUCAGCAUUAGCAGUGGUAUGCCAAACCAUAGUGCCUCUAUACAACUUUGUGUACAAAAGUUGCGUAUCCUUAUUGAAGACUCCGAUCAAAAUUUAAAAUAUUUGGGCCUCUUGGCCAUGUCGAAGAUCUUAAAAACUCAUCCAAAAAGUGUUCAAGCCCAUAAAGAUCUUAUAUUGGCCUGUUUGGAUGAUAAGGACGAAUCGAUACGUUUGAGAGCUUUGGAUUUACUCUAUGGCAUGGUGUCCAAAAAGAAUCUUAUGGAAAUUGUCAAACGUCUACUGGGUCACAUGGAGAGAGCUGAGGGUUCCAAUUAUCGCGAUGAACUCUUGUAUAAAGUCAUUGAGAUUUGUUCACAAAGUUCAUAUCUGUAUGUUACCAAUUUUGAAUGGUAUUUAACGGUGCUGGUCGAGUUGAUACAAUUGGAGGCGGGUUCAAAACAUGGGCGUUUGAUUGCCGAACAAUUAUUAGAUGUUGCUAUUAGAGUGCCUGUUGUUCGACAAUUUGCUGUAAAAGAAAUGACCAAUCUAUUGGAUACAUUUUCCAUUUCCUCUCAAAGUAAUUCGAUGUAUGAAGUUUUAUAUGCAGCCGCCUGGAUUGUUGGCGAAUUUUCCAAUGAAUUGGAGGAUGCCGAGCAUACUCUAAAUAUUCUAUUAAGACCACGUCAAGUGCCGGGACACAUACAAAGUGUGUUUGUACAAAAUGUUGUUAAGCUCUUUACACGUUUGGCCACAACUUGCCUAGAAAAUGAAGAUCCCGAAGGAUUAGUUAGGCUUUGUAACCAUGUUUUGGAAAAAUUGCAAGAUUUUAACAGUUCCGAUGAUAUUGAAGUUCAAGAACGUGCCAAUUCAGCUUGCAUUCUCAUCGAAAUGUUAAGAGCUCAAUUUAAUGAUGGCGAUGAUGGCAAUGCAUCCUGCAAUCAUCAGGUCGAUUUUAUUGGUUCGGAUGAUACAGCUACCGAAUCGCAUCGGAGAAUCUCAGCCAUACCCACAUUGGCAAUUGAAAUUGUCCAAGAAAUGGCUUUACUAUUUGCCGGUGAUCUUAUACCUGUGGCUCCCAAAGCUCAACGUAAAGUUCCUCUACCCGAUGGCCUUGAUUUAGAUGAAUGGAUUAAUCCUCCACCCGAAGAUGAUACAGAUGAAUCGUCGCAUGAUGAAAAAGAAGAACUUUUUAUUAGUUCUUCGGCCCAAUUGGAAGAGGGUGGAAAACGAAGACCUAGCGAUGAAUUGACACCUGAACAAAUUGAACGUCAACGCAUGCAACGUAUGAUUGAACAAUCGAAUAAUCCUCACUAUUUGAAAUCAUCCCCAUCCACGCCGGAUGUGGAUUCUUCGCAUGCCCGUUCAUUGAGCAGCAAUAACUCACAACAUAAUGCCGAUCAAUAUGAUAAUAUUGAUGAUAUACCCAUAGCGGAACUAUCGCUAGACAUUCCAUUGAAAGUUGGAACCACCAAACGUUCAGAUCAAUAUCUGCUACAAGAGAAGGCCAGCAGCAAGGAAAAGAAAAAACAUAAAAAAUCAAAAAAGAGCAAAAAAUCAAAAUCAAAACCUACAUACAAUUCAACGUCUGAAUCGGAAGAUGAUCCCAAACCCAUGCAUUUUGUCAAUACCACUCUGGAUAUGCCCGAAGGAGUUUCUCUAUCCGAUGGUGAUGAUAAAGAUGGAAAAUUUGAUUCCGACGAUCCUCAUAGAGCUUUAGACAUUGAAUUGGAUAUUCCCGAUUUGGAGGAGCCGAAAUAUCGCAGCAAUAAAAAGGAUUCCACCGAACCUGAACUAUUUGAAAAAGAGAAGAAAUCAAGAUCAACUUCUCAGUCGACAACCCAUAAAAAAGAAAAGAAGAAAGACAAGGACAAGAAUAAGGAGAAUGAAAAAGAAAAACACAAAUCGUCACACAAAAAGUCCAAGAAGUCCACAGCAACAACAGCUACUAAUAACAAUGAUGUGAACAGUGCCAAUCUCUUGGGUACAUUUUUGGAAGAGUUACAAGCACCCAUUAACAUUUCCAAUACCUUAGUCCAUCCCACCUCCAAUACCGAAGCUUCGACGAUUCUCUCCACAUUGGACACCGCGCAGGAGAAACGUAAGAAACAUCAUAAGUCACAUAGCCACAAAUCACAAUCAACGUCGUCUACAUCAGCCAAGGAAUUGAAAAACGUUCAACAAAAUAACGACAAUGAACUUUUAGAAUCUUCUUCAAAGACUACCUCCAUGAAAAAGAAAAAGGACAAAAAGGAGAAAGAUCAUCAUCAUCACCAUCAUAAGGAUAAGAAAAAGUCUAGCCAUCAUCACCACAAAUCCUCUGUGGUGGCUGCCAAUGACUAUGAAGAAGCCCUGGGCAUUUCAACACCCAGUAAAGAGAUUUUUUAAACUCGUGUUAUUUCGAGCGUUUUCACAUAUUCCAUUACUACUUUUCUUCUUUUGGUUUAAACAAAUGCAAUUAUUUAACAUAAUUUUUAUUAUUUUUAUUAGUAUUGAACAAAAUAUUUAUAAAAAAACAAAUACACAUAUUAUAUUACAAAUGAAACUACAGCUCUGAUUUUGAAUCCGUUCUUUUUAAAUUUUUCUAAAAGAAAAAUAAUAAUAAUUGUUGGCAAUUUUUGUUAUAAAAAAAUAUACUUAUUUGUAAAAAGAUCAUCAAGCAAAUUUAAAACAAAAAAAAAAGGAAACAAAUAUAAAUAACAUUAUGUGUACGAUAAAAGAAAUCUAUGAACAAUUAUUUACAAGAAUCUAAUAUACAUACAUACAGAAAUUAGUUUGUAGUAAGCAAAAGAAAAACAAAAAAAAGAAAUAAAUAAAUAAACCAAUUAAUCUAAUUAAAAAAAAAAUAAACAAAAUCAUAAUAUUUUAUAUAUAAUCAUAUAAUGUAUAGUUUAUAUAUAUUAAAUAAUCAAUAAUAUUUCUCAACAUACUAUAAACACAAAGACACAAACACACACACGUUCUACACAACACCAAUACAUACGGUAUGAUCAACUCAAUUUGACAUACUUAAAAUUUA